AUGGCUGCUGGUGAGGGUAAUGAUGAUUAUGUUUUACCUGAUAAAAGAGAAGAUGUCUUGGAUAUUCUUCAUUCAUUGCAUUCAACUGGUUUGAUGAGUAUUCUUGAAAGUGAAGACAAUCUAGAGGUAGAAGAGUUAGUUAUUGAUCCUAAAGAACUAGCCUAUCCUGUGAAUACACCAAGAGAAAGGACAGUUUAUAGUGUUAAAAAUGUACUCUCAGCAAUUGUUGAACGUAGUCCAUUUCUUGUCACUGGUACUAGACGUAUAGGAUUGAAGGAGAUCCUACCUGAUGAAUCAUUAUCAAAUAUUAGUAGCCUGUCACUAUUGGGAGGGCGUGAUAUUAUGGAAGUGAUUGAAAUAACUGCAAAUUUCAACACAGGCACAAUAAAGCUAGAUAUUAAAGAUCUCGAUGUUGUCAUUGAAGAGCUAACAAUACUCAAUCAAUUGAAUUGCACUAAAUGGUUUCAGUUUGGUCUUUAUUUAGGAUUAUAUGAUCCUAGACUAGUGAAUAUAGACAUUGACUAUAGAGGACAUUCAGAGAAAUGUUUUCAUGCUUGUAUGUCUGCCUGGUUAAGAGGAGAAGAUAAAGUGAGAGAGAAAGGAGGUCCCAGUUGGUCAUCAUUAGCUACAGCACUGGAUACAAUAGAAGAAAAAUCUAUUGCUUCUUACAUUAGAAAUAAAUAUUGUUGAUUUAUUUAGAAUUUUUCUUUUUUAGGAUUUUUUGUUUGUUGCUAAUAAUCAGUGGUAUGUUGCUAAUAAUUAGUGGCUAUUUUAUAGUAUUUAUGUUUUCAUUGUGUUGACUCUUUAUUUUGUGUUGAAAAAAGUUUUUAAAAUAUAUUUUAAGGAAUAUAAUUAUUUUGUUAAGAAUG